AUGUCGUCCGUUCGCAGCUCAGGCAAGACUGCACCGCGUCUUGUCCAAGACCUGCUCGAUUACGAUCCUUCCCACCCGCCAGAGACAGGCCGCAACCUCCUCUCAGAUGUACCUCCAGUCUAUCCCGAGCACUAUCAAGGACCGCCACACUUCCUUUCCCCCGCAGCUUGCCGCCAUAGCUAUGUUACGAAACCAAAUCAAACCAUACGCCCGCAACCUGGGGAGGAUAGGGCGAGCUCGGCAACGCCUACAAAGAUUUCCGCGGUAUGCUCAAAAUGCCGACAUCAUCUGCAGCUAAAAGUGGACUCUGCCCAGGUCGGCCAACCUACUCAGAGCCUCUCUGACCACAUACACCAUUUUGUGUAUUUUUACGGGAGACAUAAAGGCGGCCAAGAUCCGGAGGAAUACACAAACAAGGGGCAGCUAGCGGAGGUAUACCAUUUCGAUUGUUCAUAUUCCGCAUGUGCCGCAAAGGUGUCAAUACGGGUUGUUUCUCCGGUACUUUCCAGUGAAAUGGUUAGUCUGUUGACCGAUCCCAGCUUGCUGCAGAAGCGCACGGAUGCUGCGCUUGCAGCUGAUCCAGAGCGACUGGAGGGUGUGGCCCGUCCGCAACCCAUCACCGUCUUACAGAACCUUCGCACAUAUGUAGAGAAUGCUCUCCGCAACAGCCCACAGAGCAAAGCGAUAGCAGCAAACAACAAGCGGUUCAUGACUAGUUUUGGAGUUGACGGAAAGCCAUGUAAGGACUUGCUGGAAUUUCUUGGAUUUACUUUCAAGAGUAACGGCUUCUGGGAGCCGCCCCGACCUAACCCGUGGGCAGAGUUUCCCUACCAAGACGCGCAAAAGAUUUUCCUAGACGAUGUAUGCCAUGAGCUAUCGGCACUAAUUGACCAACGGCCUUUGAUGGAGAAGAAAGGGAAUCAAGUCGAAUAUCCCUACUAUCCAGCACUUGACGAUUUGCUUUACGCUGUAGAUGCGUUUGACUACCCUAAAGCCCCCAGAUUGAACGAAUUUCAGAUGGCAGCUGCGCCUUGCUAUGAAGACUUGGGGGUCAUGGAAGAUAUGUCGACGUCUUCCAUCAUCGAGACAUUCAACCACAAAGUUUCGAGAGAUGUUGGGCGGGCCGCUGAAUACCUGAAAUGUCUCAGGGAGAUAGGGUCUCUCAGAGGAGGGGAAGAUGCGGAAACCAUCAGCCGUGCUGCUGAGGUGGCGGCCGCAGAGGGCAACUUUUACACUGACUCAGACGUUGCCGAAGCAUACAAAUAUUUUGGUCUUAGCCAUGAUGACCAACGGCUCACCGAUGACAGCAUUAUCGGCAAAUUUUACGCAUAUCUGAGCUCUACCACCCAAGAGACGGAGACUCGAAGGCAGCUCUGGCGAAUAGGCGAUAGUAGGAAGAGCGAGCGUAUCAAGUCUGCGGCGGAAGAUAGAGUUGCAACCCCUGAACAGGCCCAAGUCUUCCUUGGCGUGAGCGAUAAUACUGCGGAUGACUUCGUCAUGGCAAUGUUUACAGCUAAGGUCAACGAUAAUCCCUCCUGCAGGGACAUUGCGCGGCGCGCUGUUGAACUUAUAGCCGAAUCACGAAAAUCAGACGUCCUCAAACACUUUGUCAAGACAGGUGAGAUGACGUCUGGUGAGAUGGAUGUGAGUGACGCAUAUCGGCUCUUACAGAUACCUGAUCGCACUGCGGACGAAGGAGCCAUUAUGGCGGCAUACACGAUUUGCGUCGAUGAGGCUCCAGCGCAGGCCGAGAAAUACAACUUGGCCUUGAGCAUACUCGCCAAAGAAACGAACAGUCCCCUGUUGAGUAGUAUGGUGUCUGGUGACGCAGCAAAAUCCGACCGCAAUCUAUCCGAGUGGCCUGUCGGCUUGCAAAAUAUCGGCAAUACCUGCUAUCUCAACAGUUUAUUGCAAUUUUAUUAUUCAAUUCGCCCAUACCGAAACAUGGUGCUGGACUUUGAAAGUUUCAGGAUGGAUUUGAACGACGAAAGCUGCCAGAAAAAGCAGGUUGGCUCUCGUAAAGUCUCGAAAAAGGAGAUUGAACGUUCCCAGAGGUUCCUCAGGGAAUUGCGCACACUAUUUUCAGAUAUGAUCUCAUCUCCGAAUCCAUCCGUCACCCCAGGACAGGAGCUUGCGCGAUUAACCCUAAUCAGCCCCUCUAAUGAAGCCGCCAUUCGCCGCAGGUCGACAAUAUCUGCAGGCAGACCCGGAGGUCUUGGUGAAAGGGACGGGCUGCCGGUCUUGGGACCCUUGGGACCCCCGCAGACGGUUGUGGAAGAAGACAGCAAAGAGGAAGCCUCAACAGAACCCCAAAAGGCCAAACAGUCUAGUGACCAGGAUAGCGAGGUAACACUGGUCUCUGAAAUUGUGAAACGCGAUAAUGUGUCGCCCCCUCAGAGUGACGAUAAAGAAAACGAACAGCCUCAAACCGACACGGUCAUGGCCGAUGUCCAGAAUGGAUCAAUAGCAGCGCCCUCUGGAGUUCCAAAAGCUCCAGGCCCUAUAGCCCUUGCUGGCCCCGCCAACGAACCUCCCCCAGUACCCCCAAGACCUAUGCCGCAAGUUGACCCUCAACGGCAGCUUAUUGAAGAGGUCGAAAUAGGGGCACAGCAGGAUGUUACCGAGGUCAUCAAUAACGUCCUCUUCCAAAGCCAAUGUGCCAUUCGCCCAAUAUCAAUCGCCCAAGACGGAGAGCAACUUGAUCAAGUCAAAGACCUCUUCUAUGGUCGGGCAAUUUCAUAUAUCCUCUCUGACAAGGGCGAACGCUCCAAGGAGGAGUGGUGGUGCGAUAUCAAGAUAGAUGUGGCAACAGGACCUCGGGAUAUAUACGCAGCGAUCGAUGGCGCCUUUGAUAUCCAGAAGGUCAAUGUCGAAGAUUCAGUCGCUGAGCAGUAUGCCACCAUCAGCAAACUCCCUCCAAUCCUUCAAAUUCAAGUCCAGCGGGUUCAGUUCGACGCUGUCAAGAAGCGAUCAUUCAAGUCUACGCACCAUCUGGACCUCAAAGAGACCAUUUACCUAGAUCGAUACAUGGACACUCGACACCCCGAGAUCCUCAAACGUCGAAGGGAGUGUUGGCAAUGGAAAGACGCCUUGAGAGGACUCGAGGCUCGCCGAGCGGAGCUCCUACGGCAGGAGGAAUCCGAUGGUCUAGACACGGCAACCCUGCUGAGCACAGCGAAAGAGGUCCUGAGUAAUCUCAAUGACAUGAAAGACAACGAGGACACCACAGAAGGUGCCAUCGAUGUUGAUCCUCAACUCCUUCCGGAGCUUGAUCGACUGUCGCAGGCGGCCCAAGACGAACUCAAGCACCUCGAACAUGAAAUCAAAAAUACCCAGACCAUGAUCUCUAGCCAAUUCGUCGAUUACAAGCAUCUACCGUACCGACUUUACGCUGUUUUUGUCCAUCAUGGCUCCGUUGAAUUCGGCCACUACUAUAUUUACAUCUUUGACUUUGAGCGCAACGUCUGGCGCAAAUACAACGACACGUACGUGACCGAAGUGCGCGACCUCGACGAGAUCUUCAAGAGCGAGGACCGCCACAACCCUCCGACGCCAUAUUUCCUGGUCUACGUCAACGAUCAGAUAAAAGACCGACUGGUCGAUCCCGUAUGCAGGGAAAUCGUCGAAACGCCAUCCAUCGGCGCGCCCGAUCCAGGUCUAAGCCUGGGCGACACUGCCAUGGAAGGGGUCACUCCGUCCACGAAAGGGCCCGACGAUGUAGAUAUGGACCCACCGACGUAUGAGGAAGCAUCUGCCGAGAACGCUGCAACAGGCCCGGGGAGGACAUCGCCGACUACUUCUGCAGUUCCGAAUCCGUUGAAGCGCAAGGGGCUAGACGAUAUGCAACCGCCGGGGAUAGUGUGA